AUGAUCAGAAGAUGGUUUACGAUAAGCAAGUCGGGAAAGAAAAAGAAAGACACCAGUGAUACAAUUACAGAAGAAGUAGAAAAGAAUGAUUUUAAGCCAGUGAGCUACGAUGUAAAUGAUGAAACAUGUGACAGUACGCCCUCUGACAACCCCUCCAAUACCCAACUUGCCCCUAAUCUGGACAUAAAAGAGACAUUUUCAAAUGAAGAUAAUAAUUUGCAGCUUUCCUCCGGAUUAGAGUGUAAUUCCGAAACAUGUAACCAUGAGAAUGGGAGUUACAGCCAGGACGAAAUUUUUAAUUUGUCGAUGGCAAAGACUACGACUACAUGCGGAGAAGUCAUCGUGGAAGAAAGCGAACCACCUAUAUUGGCUACAAUAGCAUCCGAAUCAAUGCCCUAUGGAGACGGCUCCAAUAAGGUAUUUGGAUAUGAGAAUUUUGGUAACACAUGUUAUUGUAAUUCUGUUCUUCAAUGCCUUUACAAUCUGUCCUCAUUGCGUGAAAAUAUUUUACAAUUUCCGGAAAAGCCAAGGGAAUCUAUUCAAUCUAGAAAACAUGACAUGAAAGGCAAUAAACCAAGAAUAUUCACCGAGGCUAGUUUUGAAAAAAGUGUUGUAAAUACUAAUGGUCAUGUACCCAACUCUAGAUCACAAAGCACUGAUGAAGGAAAGCCUACUCCCAUGAAUUCCAUUAGUUCAAAUGCAACAGGGCAUUCAGAGAAGAAGAGCAAAUUUUUUAAAAACUUUGGCGGGAAGCAUGCACAAGAUAAUUAUAAAAAAGAAGGAAGCACUGCAUCAUUGCCUGUUCCUAAACCCUUCUCUGGUUUGCAAGACGCUCCUCCAUUGAUAGUGGAAACACCUAAUGAGCCUGGUGCUCCAAGUAGAAUGAGCUCAGAGAACGUCACAGAUAGACCCCCAGAUGACCCUCGUAAUAUUAUCGUUGGUAGAACAUUCACCAAUGAAAACUUCUCGAGAGGUAGUAGUAAUAGUAAUAAUCUCGAUCCGAAAGGAGAAAGCAAUAACAGCCUGCUCUAUCCACUCGAUAAAAGAGAUACUAGAAGGUCAAGUUCUUCUUCUCAAAUAUCGCCUGAAUACAGAAAGAAGUCCGCUCUUAUUCAUGGACCAAUCGUUAAUGUUGACCAUAGCUUAAAUGAAUCCGGUAAAGCUACCCUAUAUUCAAGUUUAAGGGACAUCUUUGAAUGCAUAACUGAAAAUACGUAUCUAACUGGUGUCGUAUCGCCUAGUUCAUUUGUCGAUGUUCUUAAGAGGGAGAACGUUUUAUUUAAUACCACUAUGCACCAAGAUGCUCAUGAGUUUUUUAAUUUUCUGCUGAACGAAUUGAGUGAAUAUAUAGAGCGUGAGAAUCAAAACAUGGCCAAUAGCAACAGUAUUAAUAACAGUUGUGGUUUGAAUAAAACCGCAAAUUUCAUCAAUGAUCUAUUUCAAGGUACUUUAACUAAUCAAAUCAAAUGUUUGACUUGUGAUAACAUAACAUCCAGAGACGAACCUUUUUUGGAUUUCCCCAUAGAAGUCCAGGGCGACGAGGAAACAGAUAUACAAGAAAUAUUGAAAAGCUAUCAUCAACGAGAAAUGCUAAAUGGAUCAAAUAAGUUUUACUGUGAUGAAUGUUGUGGUUUGCAAGAAGCCGAGAGGUUGGUUGGCUUGAAACAACUGCCGGAUACUUUAGCGUUGCAUUUGAAGAGGUUUAAGUACUCUGAAAAACAGAACUGUAAUAUCAAACUCUUCAACAACAUUCGCUAUCCUCUAACAUUGAACGUUUGCUCUUCGAUAGACUCUGAAGUUUGUCAGAAAUAUCAAUUGGCCGGAAUCGUUGUUCACAUGGGCGGUGGACCUCAGCAUGGGCAUUAUGUUUCUUUGUGUAAACAUGAGAAGUUCGGUUGGUUGCUAUUCGAUGAUGAAACAGUAGAAGCAGUCAAAGAGGAAACCGUGUUAGAGUUUACUGGUGAAUCUCCCAAUAUGGCCACAGCAUACGUUUUGUUCUACAAAGCAAUGCAUCUAGAUGCUUUUAAUAAAAAUGGCAGUGUUAAUAUAUCAAAUGAACAUGAGGAGAAUAUAAACGACUUAAUCAAAUACGAUGACUGGCUAAGAGUUAGCUACGAUAAUCAGAAAAAAAAAGAGGAGGUUAUUACACCAGAAGAAGUGGACACUGCUUUAGACGAUAGUUGUGUUUCUACUACUCCUGUUAAGCAUUCUAGGAAAAAAUCAAGAAUGUUUAGUUUCAGGAAAAGUUGA